CGCUUCCCGUUUCGCGGAGAGUCGCGAGUGUGUUCGUAUUGGACACCGGCGCAUCCCGGAGUGAGCCCUUCCGUCUGCAGACGUUUUAACACUUUCCUAAGGCGCGCUGACAAGCAAACAAGGUCUAAAGGAAAAUCACCUGUGGGCGUUCACCUUUGGACCGCACAAUGCAGAAGCUGCAGUUGUUGAAGGAAACUUUCUUCGGCUUGGACGCUGUCCAACAGCGGCUUGUAAUAGGCUCAGCUGUGGCAGCAGGGGGGAUACUGGCAUAUGCAGUUCACAAAAGAAAUCAAGUGAGAAGUAUCCCUCUUGGUGAAGGAUGGUGGGGAGCAGGAGAGAAGCCACUGUCAGAGGAUGAGAAAAUCUAUCCCUUCAUGGUGCAAACCUCAGAUGAAGAGAUCAAGGACCUUCAUGAGCGCAUUGACAGGACCCGCUACACUGAUCCUUUAGAAGACAGCGCCUUCCAGUAUGGCUUCAACUCCACUCAUCUCAAGAUAGUGGCUUCCUACUGGAGACAUGAGUUUGACUGGAAAAAGCAGGUGGCAGUGCUUAACAAGUAUCCACACUACAAAACUAAGAUAGAAGGAUUGGAAGUGCACUACAUCCAUGUGCAGCCACCACGAUGUGAGAACCAGAAGGUUCUGCCUCUUAUGCUUGUUCAUGGCUGGCCUGGCUCCUUCUACGAGUUCUACAAGAUUCUGCCGCUUCUCACAGAGAACCAGGAUGGUCUCGUGUUUGAGGUCAUAUGCCCAUCUAUCCCUGGCUACGGUUUCUCAGACGCCCCUCAGAAACAAGGAUUUGACAGCCUCGCCGCAGCCCGUAUUUUCCUGACACUGAUGGAACGUUUAGGGUUCUCCCAGUUCUAUUUGCAGGGAGGAGACUGGGGUUCCCUCAUCACCACCAACAUGGCACAGAUGAAGCCUCAGUGUGUCAAAGGACUGCACUUAAACAUGCUGAUUGCGAGAAGGGGGUUCAAAAUGCUUUGGUCCCUCAUGAUUGGCCCCUAUCUGCCCUUCCUGGUGGGCUUCAGUAGAGAAGAUGUUCGCCGGUUGUUUCCUUACUUUGAGAAGAAUGUAUGGGAGAUCCUGCGGGAAACAGGCUACAUGCACAUCCAGGCCACUAAACCAGACACUGCAGGCUGUGGAGUGAAUGACUCUCCUGUAGGCUUGGCGGCCUAUAUUCUGGAGAAGUUCUCCACCUGGACCAAUAUGAAGAACAGAGAUCUGGCAGAUGGAGGGCUGCAGAGGACAUUCAGCUUGGAUGACCUCUUGACAAAUGUCAUGAUCUACUGGACCACGGGCACCAUAGUCUCCUCCAUGCGUUUCUACAAAGAGAACUUGAGGAAUGAUCCUGACAAAACAGUGGCGAAAGGGGUAUCUGUGCCCACUGGACUUGCCGCCUUCCCUGGAGAGCUGAUGCACUGCCCUAAAUCAUGGGCACAAAUGAAUUAUCGAAACAUCUACUCCUACACUUUCAUGCCUCGAGGGGGUCACUUUGCUGCCUUUGAGCAGCCCCAGCUGUUAGCCAAUGACAUUCUCCAGUUUGCCAGAAAAGUGGAGAAGUUCUGCACCCGCUGAUGAACUCUCAGACAAUGUAAACACGGUCAGCUGUUCUUUAUUAUAAGCACUGUCAACAUCAUUUUCAGAUUUUAAUAAAUGUAAACAUAUACACAGAUGAUGCUGGCACUCCAGUGUGUCCAAAAACUGGAUUAAAGAAAACAAUAUAAUGCAUCAAACCUUUCAAGUUAUGCUGAUUAAAAGAUAUUGCACCAAUAUGUCUGUAUGUUGCCCAUAAAAAUUUGUGAUAUUUUAUACAAAUCACAUCAAACAUUCUUCAUAAAUAUAAAAAUGAAUACACAAUGUCCUCAAACAGAUUUCAGCACAUGCAGAAGACCAUCAAAACCCAUAAUUCCUUAAAAUACGGACAGCUGAAUGCAAAACUCAAUUUCAACAUUUACUUGCGGCACCAUUAAAAUGUAAUUUUAGUAUAAAGAGAGCUCCGAUCUUUAUGCUAUACACUACCCAUCUUUUUGGGUCACU